AUGGCGAUCACGUGCCUGCUUCUGCUGGCCAAGCUCACGGCUGUCGCUCGAGCCAUCGCUGGCUACGCCCCUGGCUCGGAUGAUGGUGCGGUCGUCUCUAGCCGCCAGAAGGGAGGCGGCGGCCAGCAGGCGACAGAGGCGGCGCUCUCGUGCCACGCUGAGUGCCCGGCGCUCGGCGAGACUGUCCUGCUCGAUGACAAUCGGCAUAUGAGCAACUCGAACACGGCGUGCAAUUGCGACUACUUUGGCUGCUCACCGAUUGAGCGCGCGCCUGACCUCGACAGCGCCGGCUGGUACCGCUUCGGCGGCGACGAUGGCGCGACGCAGAUGGCGACGUGCUUUGUGCAGGGUGGUAGCACGGGCGGUGCCAGCUGCGGCACCACCGGCUGCACCGGCUUCCUCGCCACCCCGCACCCGGCGGCAGGCGACGCGCCGGCAGCCGCACAAGUGUGCUUCAACUGUGGCGACUCGUCAGGGUGCGACUUCUUCGUCGAUGCCAACGUGUGCGCGUGCGAUUACGGCAACGGCGGCGGCACGACGUACACCUAUCAGCUCACGAAGCCGGCGGGCGGCUCUGGCAAGCGCCGCUACUGCGGCUCCGGCGGCGAGAUUUCCGCUGAACCGACCAAGAUCUGCGCCGAGCUCGAGGAGUUCGGCUGCGACUGCUUCGGAUGCACGUUGUGCGGUGGUGGUGGCGUUGAUGCGCCGCCCCCGAGCAUCCCAUCUCCGUCUCUGCCAACCACCGGCAUCACGUAUCCUCCGCCUCCACCGACCACCGGCGUGCUCCCCAAGAUCCUCUGCCUCCACGGCGGCGGUGGCGAUGGCGCUGACUUUGCGGGCGAGAUUACGGCCAUGCGUAACACACUGAGCAACGAAUUCGAGUUCGUCUUUCCGACGGCGCCCGACCCGCCGGGCGAGGGCGGCCUCUGGAUGAUGGACCCACCGGGCAAGGACAACCCGACCACCGACCCCGACUGGGCGCAGGCCGCCGUCGCCCACCUCAACCAGAUCGUCACCACGCAGGGCCCCUUCCACGGCAUCAUGGGCUACUCACAGGGCGCCGCCUUCCUACCCGUCUACCUGGCUCUGACCCCGGUCAACACCUUCCAGUUCGCCGCGAUGUUCUGCGGCUACCUUCCGGAGACGCACCUCGGGCUGAUCGGCCGCAUUGAUGCCCAGAGCCCGUUCGGUGGCAUCCCGUCGCUGCACUUCAUCGGCCUCCAAGACGGCAUCAUCGGAGAUACCAUGUCACGGACCGUCUCGGAGCUCAAGGCGGCCUACUCCUCGGACGCCCUCCCCCUCCUCCUGCAGCUGGCUAGCGGCGAGCAUGCCGCGCACGCGCCGGACGGGGCGGGCGAGGGGGGGAGAAGCCUCGACCUCGCUACCUCGGCGGCGGCGGCGUCGGCGGGCGGCGGCGGCGCCGCCUCGGCCUCACAGCGCGUCGCCCUGGCUGCCCCCCACCCCGCCGACGGAGAAGGGUCCCCGGUGCGCCACAGCGGCGCGCACGGCGGUCCCGCCGCCGCGACCGGCCCCGCGGAAGGGGCUUUGCUCGCCGCGCUGCACAAGUACUACCUGCAGGCCCGGAUGCUCGUCGGCGCGUGGCUGCGCGCCGCUGCGCGCCGCGGCCGGGCGCGCGCGCGCGUGUCGCUGCUCUCGCUGCACACCUCCGCCAGCACCUCCGCCCGCUCCUGCUCCCGCUCGUGCCGCCGGCAGUGGCGACGAGGGGCGCGGUGGCCGCAGGCGGCGACCUGGCCGCGCGCCGCCGCGCUCGCCCGCGUGUGGAUGCUGCCGCUGCUCGCGCUGCUCGCCGGCUGCUGCUCGAGCCACCUUGUGGGCAUGCUCGCCUUGCUGCUCGACGGCACGGUGCGAGGCCCGCCGCCCGACGGGUCGCACCCCUUCUCCCCCGGCCCCCCGCCGGCGUGCCGCUCGUACCCACCGGCGGCGGGACGCACCCCGCUCCCGCUCGGGAUCCCUUCCACCCUGACAGAGUUGGAGUAGCUCUCCGCGGGCCGCUGUGCGAACAUGAAAAGUCAAACCCCAACACGUGUGUAUAUGCUUCGCGGGUCGCGGCCCACCUCAGCUGUUUCAGCUCCACAAACCAGGUUACUCGUCGUGAAGAAAGAAUGGACGAGUCGAUCGAGAAAAGAGAAUUUUACAAAC